AUGGAUCCCACGGCAUCGCAGCAGGCCGCAGAAACCGAGCAACCGGAAGCGGCGGACAGUGGCGAAACCGACACUCCUACGGGGGAAGCCAUCGUCUCCAGCAGUGACCCUGAGGUCGAACGGCAAUCAUCGGAAGUAAAGGAAAGCAACGUGCAGAAAGAAUCCGCGUCCCAGAGUGACUGCAGUUCCACCCACGAAAAAACAAAUCCCGAUGCUUCCGAGGCGCAACAGGACAAUGAGGAACCUUGCUUAAUAGAAAGUUCGUCGGAAAAGAGCUCUCCGGAAAAGUUCAAAGAAGAUGAACUCAAAAGCCCUCCGGAACUGGAAGUAUUUUCCAUCGAAGAAGAAGAGGACGAGGAGGGCGAAGAGGUGGAGGAAGAAGAGGAAGAGGCAGGCGUCGAAGAAACAGUCGGUGCCGUCGAAGACUACCUGGAGAUGGAUGAGGACGACGAAAUGUUCGUCGAGAGCACCGAUCGGAUCGGGGCCAACGAAUCGAUUGAUAACGAUCUGAGUACCGACGAGUACACCGAUGAUGAGAAGCGAUCGGCCGACAAGCGCGACUCAAAAAAGCGGAAGUCCUCGGACGAGGAUACAGACGAUGACGAUGACGUUCAAAGAAGUUCCUCGUUGGGCUAUUUGCGCCCGGGACGAUACAGCUGCGAUUCGGAUUCGAACAGUGACGGAUUUGUAGUUGAGCGAAAACUGAAGAAGCGAUAUGACGACUACACGAGCAAACUGGUUGCAACCGUCCGGAAACGGGCCAUCAAAGUGCUUCACAAACGAAAGAGGAUGCACGUAAUGGAAGAGAGCGGCAGCAGCGGAAGGUUCCUUAUGUGUGCGGAUGGAGCGCUUUACAUUUCCACGCCAACCCUGAAGCCUGCCCUCGGUUCACCGAAAGCCGGCUGCAAACCGGAAUCGCCUCAGCAGCAGCGGCCGCCACCGACGGAAUCGAGCGAAAAGACCCGGGACGAAGCGUCUCCAGCCACCACCACCGACGACAGUCACCAAAACAAAGCCAAAGAUACGGAGGAGGAAGCGGCACAGCGGCGGCCACAGGUGAUAGAGCAGCACUCGGACAGUGACCAGUUUACCAUCUCCAGUACCAUAGACGACGCCACCGGUGACAAGAUGCCGACAGCGACAGCGGCGAUGGAGGACGUGUCGGAGCGGAUUGCCGACUCGAGCGACGAUGGCCUUUCGACGCUUUCGUCUAAGAAAUCCAUCACCGCCGCUACCACACCGACGGUCAACAGUUCCGCCAGUACUGCUGAACCACCGUCGCAGUCGCCGACACCGGAGACUGGCGGGCAGCCAGAAAAGAAGGAGUCGAGUGAUGCGUCACCUUCGCCAAAAGAAACAGUUCCUAGUGAAACGGAAAGCAACAGCAAGGCGGUCGGUAAAGAUGCGUCGGAGCGGGGACCCUCGGUCACCGUCGCCGAAUCGCAACCCACGGCGGACGACGUGAUGGAAGGUAUCGACGAUUUCAUGGACCACAACGGCAGCAGCGGGGACGGCGAAGGGAAGGAUGACUUCAACGAUGAUCUAACAUUCCAGAUGGACGUUGACGAGGGGUCGAUGGAGAAGCCGAAAGAAAAGUCGGAAAGUGCAGCCGUAGUCCAGGAGAGCAAAGCGCUAGCGAACGCCAUCGACCUAACUUCUUCCAGCGGUAGCCAAUCGAACGAAGAUCUACCUCCAAAUUCGGAGGAUGGCAAGGAAGCCGCUCCGGAAGUAGCCGAGCAGCCAAGCAAUGCGAUCGAUUCGGUUGAUAGUGUCGCGGCGAAAGAUCAACCCCUGGCAGAUCCAUCACCGCCACCACCGAGAGCGACUGAGAACGCAAAGGACGCCACCAGCACCGUGGUGACCUCAACACCGGUCGCGACUAGCGUUCGUCAGAAGCGCGGUGAUGAUGCUGAGGUGCAGGUGAAAAAUGAACAGGAUGAGGCCGCGGGAACGGAUGAGGUUCAAAAUCUAUCGAAGGCCAAACCACUGGCCAGAAGCAGCACCAUUAGCGACGAGGUGCAGCAACCGACGGCCAAAGGAUCGGCCCGUUCGGAACCCGCAGAACCGGCGAACCGAAAACGAAGACGCUCGGUGAAUGAUGAGGAAGAAGAGGCGGACAGGGCGGCCACCGAAUCGGACGAUCCGAUAGAGCCGGCCAAAAAGCUGAAGCUCGAGGUGGACUCACACUAUCGGGCCCACGAGCGCGUCGUGAAGGAGUACAUCGACACGACGCCGAACACGUCGGUGGACGAGAUACAGUCCACCACCGACUUGCUGGUGAAGGAGAUUCAGUCGCUGAACGACGAAAUUCGCGACACGGAGCGCAAGUGGAACGAGCUGCUGCACCUGAAGAAGGUGAAGGAAGAGAUUCUGCUCCGGUUGAACCGCCGGAAGCACGUGCUCAGUAUCACGGAGACACGGUUGGGCGAGGUUUCCGCGUACAACCAUGUGGAUUCGUCGAACUUCAGCAACCAGCACGAACAGCAGCAGCAGCAGCAGCAGAACCACCAUCAACAACACCAAGGACAGCGUUCGUCAUCCGUUGGCCCGAGGCUACCGACGCCACCGCCGGAGGUUGAGAUUCGUCCCGCAUCGGUGACGAUAACCCCGACCAACUACAGUGCGACCACCAACGGUGGAACCUUUGCCGAUAAGCCCGGCACCGGAUACAACGGCAAUAAACUGAUCUCUAAUCGUCGCAGCAGCAGCAUCGUGUCACAGUUCAACAACAGCAACAACGCGGUCACGAUGGUGCCUCUGCACAACAGCACGACCAGCAUGAUCCUGAACGCGCGGGCAAACAUGAACAAGGCGGAGAUCGCGCGGGACAAAUCCAUGGCCGAGCAAAUUCAGCGACACAUUCUGCCCAAACCGGUGCUCAGCAACCACCAGCAGAUACUGAACAAUUUGGCCAUCUCCGCGGGGCUCACCGCUUCCGGUGGCAACGCAACGGUACGUAUCUUGCGGAAGCGGUCCGAGGCACUGCAGAAUGGCCACCACAGCACAUCAUCGGCGGCAGCGGCCAGUGCCGCUGCUCAGCUGCACCACCAGCAGCAGCUACAGAUCGGUCGCCAAGGAAUGCGCAAGGAUGUGAGCAGUAUUAUAGCCGACUACCGGCAGAAGCAUCCAGAGAAUGUGCCGCGCCGCGGGCGGCGACUAAAGAACGUUCCGAGCAGCACCGGCAACAAUAACGGCGGCAACAGUAUCGCCGCCUCGUUCGGUGAUGGCGGCGCCAUCAGCCUAACGGCGCUCUCCGGUGGAAAGUCCCCGGGCGUGCGGUCGAACUCGGUAUCGGCCGAUGUUGCCAACCGUAUCUCGGAGCUGAUGGCCGCUGCGGAGACCUCGCGCCCCUCGAGCAACGAUUCGAGCCAGAGUGGUUCGAAUCUGCUCUCGUCGCUGGUAUCCGCCGGCGCCGGCGGAAGUGGCACCAGCACCACCACCGGCCAGCAGUUCCUUAAGGAGGUGCUGGCUCAGUUUGCCAAGAUGAGCCAGAACGAGCAAUGUUUGCUGUCGAACCUGCAGCUCCUGACCAAUAAUCUUUCGGCCAGCGGCGCUAAUACGGUAUCGUCUCCGCAGCAGUCCCCCCAAAACCUGCAGCAGCAGCACUCUAGCCAGCAGCACCACCACCAGCAGCAGCAGCUGCAGUCCGGUGGGACGAAAACGUCCCUCCCGGAAGUGACACUGCACCCGGUGAUGAACUCGACCGCCCAUUCGGACACGGUACUCGGAUCUCACAACAGCUCGCUGGCCGGUGUCAAUCUGAGUGCGGUCGGCAACACCAGCACCAACUCGCUCCUUCACGGCAUCCUGACCAAAUCGGCCUCACGGCCGGCCGGGGCCGCGGCAGCGGUCGGUGCCGCGGUGGCGGCCAACUUUAACUCCUUCUCGCCCACCCUGGCACGCCUGCUGACCGCUCCGGAGCGCAUGGGUUCCCAGACGCAGACGUCCUCGACCGUAACGUCCGGUGCGCUCGCCAGCCUGCACCAUCCGGGCGGUAGCGUCGUCAGUGGGCUGAAUUUGUCGAAAAAUAAUAACGAAAUUUCCAUCACGCCCGUCCUGGCGCCGAACAUGCAGCAAACGCUACUGGCACAGCAACAGCAGCAGCUGGCGGACCAGCAGAAGCAACUGCAACGGCUGCGGGACCAUCACCUGUUCAAGGGCGAACCGUAUCUGAAUCUGGACGACGAGGCGGACGAUAGCGCGGAUCGGUUGGUGAUCGACGAAGGGGACGAUAUGAUGAUGGGCCGUGGGGACUCGAGACGCCGCGGGGCGGAAAUCAACGAGAACGAGGUGCCCCAGUGUCAGGGAUGCAAACGGAUGGAGGCCAAAUUUGUUUGUGCUGGCUGCAGCAAUCAGUGGUACUGCAGCCGAGCGUGUCAGGUUAAGGCCUGGGAUGACCACUCGGAAGUUUGCUGCUGCGAUUAAUCAGUCCCAAGCUGCUGCACCCGUGACUCGUCCGGGGCACACAUUCGAAGCUGCCAUGAUACCAGCAUGCGCACCACUAAGCGGUUGAUAGUACGAAAUGAGGCGCAUGAGAAUAUUUUUACUAUUAUUUUCUAAAAUAACCACACGAAACAAAGUUGGUGGCAUCGCACACGCGCUGCAAUGUAUUUAGAGGAAUGUACAAUCGAAGCCGGAACGGACGGGGCUUGUCUUAGGUGUGUUUUUGCACUGCAUGCGAGAGAACAGUCUUCUUUUAUUAUUGCCAUGUGAUACUUUCGGUGUAACGGAAGAGAGAUGGAUUUUCUAUUAAUCAUCACCCUCGCACCGGUUUGCAUCGAGCGAUUUCUUCCGCCUAGGACGGAAAUCUGGCACUCUGUGCGAGUGUGUGGUGGUCACGCUUGUGGUGGAGCGGCGAGCAGGACUAGGGAAGACCAGCAUUUGGAGCGAGCAAUAAAGUAUGUUAAGCAAAGCGCAAGAUGUGCAGCUAUCAGCAGCGGCGAUAGCAAGUUAAGGAACUUGAAUGAACUCUUCGUGGAUCGCAUCGAGACGUGCGCCGUGUGUAGCUUACCUUAAAUUCGCGAACGCGUUGUGCGCUUCGUUCGGUAGAUUAUAACUUAUUCAGACCGUUUCAAGGGCUACCAUUUAGUUACUUUAGUUCCCCGCACGCCUGCAGAGAAUCUUUCGGCGCGGCGAUAGCUUCGUGGGCCUCGGAGCAUCAGCAUCGUAGACGGGGAGGAAUAGAAAAUAGUCGUACAUGUUAUUCAAUAUUAUUCUGUGUGGAGAGGAAAGCGCGAUAGUUUUAUGAUUGUCUACGUGUGUAUAGAAGAAAUGAAUUGCGAACGCGCGAACGUUUGAUAUCGUCUAACGGUGGUGAAACAAAAAGCGAAAGCCAAAUAAAGCACU